AUGUUUGUUUCCAAAGAGAAGCCAGGAGUGUGCCCUUGCAUUGGAUGGGGACCACGGCAUUGUGGGGAGUUAUGCUCCCGUGACUGCGACUGUCCCGACAACCACAAAUGCUGUUCUACCAGCUGUGGGCAUCAAUGCAUCGCCCCCUACAAAGAGAAGCCAGGAGUGUGCCCUUGCAUUGGAUGGGGACCACGGCCAAUUGGGUUGUGUAAGGAUUCCUGCUCCCGUGACUGCGACUGUCCCAACAACGAUAAAUGCUGUUCUAGCCGCUGUGGGCGUCAAUGCAUCGCCCCCUACAAAGGGAAGCCAGGCAUUUGUCCUCGCACGAGGGUCGGAGCAGGGUCUUGCGUGGAGUUGUGCUCCAGUGACUGCGACUGUCCCAACAACGAGAGAUGCUGUUCUAACGGCUGUGGGCACCAUUGCAUCUUGUGUCUAGGAGACUAGAAGUGCUGCCGGACAACCUGUGGCCACUCCUGCAGCGAGCCAUGCUGAUUGGUUAGGAUGUCAAACAUUCUGAGGUUGAGGUUUUUAAAGUACUGUAUGUCAUUGGUUCAUCUGAAGGCAAAGGAGUGCCUGAUUUAAUACUAUGUAUGUACUGUUCUAACCAAAAUAAAACUUUCAAC